AUGGGAGCGUCCAUAUCCAAGAUGAUGGCCAAGGUCUUCGGAUCCAAGGAGAUGCGCCUGUUGAUGCUGGGCCUCGACGCCGCCGGAAAGACCACUAUCCUGUACAAGCUCAAGCUUGACCAAGACGUAACCACCAUCCCGACCGUCGGCUUCAACGUCGAGACCGUCACAUACAAGAACACCAAGUUCAACGUCUGGGAUGUCGGCGGCCAGGACAAGAUCCGUCCGCUAUGGAGACAUUACUUCUCUGGUACCCAAGGUCUCAUUUUCGUCAUCGACUCCAAUGACCGCACCCGUAUCGACGAGGCCAAGACGGAACUCACAAGGAUCAUCCAAGAUAGAGAAAUGAAGGAUGCCUUGUUGCUGGUAUUCGCCAACAAGCAGGAUCUCAGCGGAGCCAUGCGACCAAAGGAAGUCUCAGACCUUCUGCAAUUAGACAAGAUCGCCAAAGACCACGUAUGGAAGGUUGAGCCCAGCUGCGCGACAACAGGAGAGGGCAUCUUCGAGGGACUGGCCUGGCUCUCCAACAACGUCAAGCUGCCACCAGGUGCCAAAUAG